AUGGUCUUCGGGCUUCCAGACCUGGAGAUCAACAAGAGCCACGAACUCCAACAUGUGGAGCUUUUUGCGGGGCAGUGUGCGGAGGGACGAGCUGCAAUCGCCAUGGACUUGGAAAUUGGCGGCCCCACAAUGGAUUUAACUACGAAUGAGGGAUUCCUCGCAGCGCUCUACCACACAUGCCGGCUCAAGCCGGGUUCUGGAUGGCUUGCUGCACCUGUUUGCCACGACAUUGUGGAAGACGUUGAUGACUUCAGGCCUCGGUGGCUGCCACCGCGGGAGGCGGUGGAGAUGGCUGUGGUGUAUCAGGAUGGGCGAGGUGCUCCUGAGAAAAGGGUCAGGUUCAAGUCGCCAAUGGAGACACCGCCUCCUACGUGCUCUCGUUCAACACCAGAUCCGUCGCCAACCCCUUCAUCAGCGCAGAGCUUGGAGAACUUCAAGCAACUGGCUGCGGACAGGGGUAUGUCGGUUGAGGAAUUCAUGGAGGAGAUGAGCGCAAAGUGUCUGGAGGCUCAAGUAGAUGCUCGCAUGCAGCAGCUUGCCACUGAACACCCUGCGCCUCCUACGGAUGAUGAAGAGGAGGAAGUGGAACGCCCAAAGGGCAAAAAGGGCGAGGAUGUUAAGAAGCCAGGGGAGGGUGAUGAAGAGGAAGAUGAAGGUGAUGGAGAAGAUGAGAUGUCAAGUCUUUCAGAAGACGCUUCUGAAUCUGAUGGGCCUGAUGGGAGCGUGGACAGUGAAGAAGAAGAAGAAGUGUCAUCGGAGGAGGAGGAGGGGGAGGAUGGUGAUGAGGGCGAAGAUGAUUCUGAAGAAGAAGAAGAAGCGCAGGAGGAAGCUGCCGUUGAAAAGGACUUCACCAAGCUCCUCGAUGAUGCUGACGAAGAUGAGACCCAAAAGGGAGUCAAGGACAAGAAGAAGAAAGAAGAAGAGAAGCCCAAUGCCGAGAAGCUCAAAGACGCUGUGGUGAAGGGAGAAGAAGAUUUCUCAAAAGCCAACAGUGUUUCCCACAAGGCCAGGGAUCUCUACAAGAAAUACCCAAAAGAGAAGGCCGACCUGCUCAUGAAGAAGUUGAAGGAGAAAGGGAUGUGGCACUAUGACCCUGACUUUGAGGGCGACGAAGAGGAGAUCUUCUACUAUGCCUCCGAAGACAAUGUGAUGAGCGAUGAGUCCAUCUUCAGAGACAUCACUAAGGUGAGCGAGGAAGAGAAGUACGCGAAACACUUCCAGCUUAUUGUCGACAAGAUCGCUUGGUAUGAGAAAGCUGAG